UAGCAAAGCUACAAUGACUUUCUCAGACAGCCUGUUACGAGAAUUUACAUUGCACGUGUUCGGUUUCUUGCACAACCUGAGUUAUAGAAGUUUCUCCGAAUGUUGUCUGGGUCUUCACUCUUUCCCACAAAUGCAGUAUAUAAGAAUAUUCUCUUACUGUGGACCUGUUAAGAACACCUUCCCGCAGACUACAAUGAUUCGUACUUGCGUGAUCCUCGUCCUGGCGUCCGGUGCGUUCGCCGGAUAUCUCCGCAAUGGCUACCCUCCCGGACAUGGAGCUGUCUACGGAAGUAGCCUAGGUGGCUACUCGGCUGCUGCUCCGGGAAGUUACGUCCUGGAAGCGCCUGCGGGCUACGCGGCGCCGGGUUACAGCGUAGCUGGCCCAGCUCUUGCUUCGUACGGCGGCGUUCCAGGUUUGGCCGGUCCGGCACUGGCUUCGUACGGUGGCGUUCCAACCGUGUCUGGGUACCAUGGAGUUCCCGCAGCCUCAGCGUUGGGCCACGCUCCAGUUUACGCGGUGGACCCGUCCUACGGUUACGGCUACGGUGUUGGGGCUCUCGGCUACGGAACUGGUUCUUACGGUUACGGGCACGGCCUGUCGGGAUAUGGUCUCAACUACGGCUAUGGUCUGGGAAGUGCCAGUGACUACAGCACGCUCCUUCGCAAGAAGAAAUGAUUCAGAAGAACCCAUAGGAAGUGGCUCGCGCUCUUGAAGCAAACAGUCACAUAUCUUCUCCGAAGAAGACAGAACUACCGCACGUUCCUGUUGUAAAAGAGCAAUUUUAAUAAAGCAAACAAGCAAUUGGCA